CCAUGGUGGUUUUAGGUACUGGGUCCACAAAGGCUGUGCAGACUGCCUGAGUCCUGGGGCUGUGGAACCAGCUCCUCCUCCUGGCAGAAACCCAUCACUCAGGAAGGGGUCAGCCAGGAAAUGGUUUUGAGGCCACCCAACCUUCCUUUUUCUGGGCCAGACAGAACAUUAACUAUCAAGCCCAUCUGCCAUCUGUAGCAGCUCCUUGCUGUUGGUUCCCCUGAAUAUCUCCUCCCUCUCCCCCGCUGUUCCUAUUCCAGGCCUCUCACCCACCCAAGGAUUAGCUCACAAUGGGGCUCCAGUAUCCAUGGAGACGGAAGGAACACAGAGCACUUCAGUUAGAGGAGAGCAUCCAAGGUCUUAGGGUGUGUUUUCUCUAGCUCCUCAGGGUAGCCCAAUGGCAGCCAUGCAGGAAAGGGGUGAGAUCCUUAAUAACCGUUUUAAGGCCUCCCAGGGUCCUGCUAGCAGAGUUCUAUAUACUCUGAUCAUCUUUAUACUGCACUGGUUACUGAAUCUUUUGGAGUGGCUGGAGCCUAAGGACAAGGACACAAGCAGCAGGACAGAUGCAAGAGAAAAGCAGGUGAUGCCACAACCUGAUCAGCAUGCUGCUGUUUCAGGAGGGAAGUAUGGCAUUCAUCUGUGGUCGGAACAUGGUGGGUCUCAUCCUAUCUCAAACUGUCAUGACAAUACUGGCCCAAAGCAGAUGCCUGCUGAAUCUGCAAGUCUUACAAACAUCCAGCUCGGCUGUUCACCUAUGUACAAAAUGAUGUUUAGAGCUGGGAAGCAGCUGCCUAAACUAUCAGGCCUGUCCCAUCAGUUGCCCAGAAAACAGGCUCUUCAAAACCACCACCAAGUGAAACCAGCCCAGACUGAUGUGUUGAGGGAGAAAGUUGCAAGUGUUUUAUCUCCAGUCAAACCAUUCUCUGCUCCUUACCAGGUACCAGUGGAUCCUUUCUCUGUGGGACCUUCUCUCCGCAGGAGGACCCAUCCGCCCAUCCCCCAAAAUGACCAGCUUUUCUCCAGCUUUGUGGAUGAUUUUGAGAAGUUGCCCAGAAAACAGUCUCUUCAAAACCACCAACAAGUGAAACCAGCCCAGACUGAUGUGUUGAGGGAGAAAGUCGCAAGUGUUUCAUCUCCAGUCAAACCAUUCUCUGCUCCUUACCAGCAAUUUUCACCAAGAUGGCUGUAUGUGAAGCCAUCAUCACUGCAUCCCAUCUACGUCAGUCUGUUAUGAGCCCUCCCAUGCUGGAGCAAUGGAACCUUGUCCAUCAAGGGUAAAAAGAGGUCAUCAUAUGACAGGGUAUCAUCACAAAUCUCCCCAGCAUCUGCCUGCUGCCAUAUGUAGAGAGGAAGGAAGCAGUACAUCACUCAACAUUGUGAUAUUGCCACUAUUGGCAUGGAAUUAUUUUUUUGUAUUUAGUUUUUUAAUAUAAUUGUUUAGUUGAAUAAACUAUUGGUUGAAAA